UGGCCUCGGCCGGGCCGCCCGCAAACAUGAUGAUGAUGUCUCUGAACAGCAAGCAGGCGUUCAGCAUGCCGCACAGCACCCCCCUGCCCGAACCCAAGUACUCGAGCCUGCACUCCUCCUCUUCAUCCUCCACUCUGACUUCGAGCGCGCCGCCGUCCUCCUCCUGCUCCUCCUCUUCCUCGAGACUCAGCAGCUCCAUCAGCUCCUCCAUCAGCUCCUCCAUCAGCUCCUCCAGCGGCUCCGAGGCGAUGCGCCGAGCCUGUCUCCCAACCCCACCGAGCAAUAUAUUCGGGGGUCUGGAUGAGAGCUUGCUGGCGCGCGCCGAGGCUCUCGCGGCGGUGGAUAUAGUGUCUCAGACCAAGAGCCACCAUCAUCACCCUCCUCAUCACAGCCCCUUCAAGCCGGACGCGACCUACCACACUAUGAACACUCUGCCCUGCACCUCGUCGUCGUCCUCCUCCUCCUCCGUGCCCAUCUCUCACCCUUCAGCCCUGGCCGGCCACCACCACCACCACCACCAUCACCACCACCACCACCAGCCGCACCAGGCUCUGGAAGGGGACCUCCUGGACCACAUCACUCCUGGACUGGCGCUGGGGGCAAUGGCAGGACCGGACGGGUCUGUGGUUUCUACCCCUGCCCAUCCGGCGCACAUGGCGGGAAUGAACCACAUGCACCAGGCGGCCAUCAACAUGGCCCACGCCCACGGGCUACCGUCCCACAUGGGCUGCAUGAGCGACGUGGACGCCGAUCCCAGGGAUUUGGAAGCCUUCGCGGAGAGAUUCAAACAGAGACGUAUCAAACUCGGCGUGACCCAGGCGGACGUGGGGUCUGCGCUCGCCAACCUCAAGAUCCCAGGCGUGGGCUCCCUCAGCCAAAGCACCAUCUGUAGGUUCGAGUCCCUCACGCUGUCCCACAACAACAUGAUCGCCCUGAAGCCCAUCCUGCAGGCAUGGCUCGAGGAGGCGGAGAAGUCGCACAGGGAGAAGCUCAACAAGCCCGAGCUCUUCAACGGGGCCGAGAAGAAGAGGAAGCGCACGUCCAUCGCGGCCCCGGAGAAGAGGUCCCUGGAAGCGUACUUCGCCAUCCAGCCGCGCCCGUCCUCCGAGAAAAUAGCAGCGAUCGCGGAGAAACUGGACCUGAAAAAGAACGUGGUUCGAGUGUGGUUCUGCAACCAGCGGCAGAAACAGAAACGGAUGAAAUACUCGGCGUGCGUCUGA